GAUGACCAGAGACUGCGGACAGUACAGGAGAUGACCAGAGACUGCCGACAGUACAGGAAAUGACCAGAGACUGCAGACAGUACAGGAGAUGACCAGAGACUGCGGACACAGUACAGGAGAUGACCAGAGACUGCGGACACAGUACAGGAGAUGACCAGAGACUGCGGACACAGUACAGGAGAUGACCAGAGACUGCGGACACAGUACAGGAGAUGACCAGAGACUGCGGACAGUACAGGAGAUGACCAGAGACUGCGGACACAGUACAGGAGAUGACCCAGAGACUGCGGACACAGUACAGGAGAUGACCAGAGACUGCGGA